AUGACGAUCCUCGACGACAAACAAGCGGCGGCACUGGCCCCCGAAACCCCCUCGACAGCGACCCGUCCCCCGGCGACAUCAUCAACACCCGCGCAACAACAGCAGAAACAACCGCCGCGCGAGCUCACCAACGACCCCGCCCGCACCGGUUUCGACCCGCAGACAAAGUGGUGGAUGAACUACUUUAACGUCCUCACGGGACGCAUGACAGCCGAGGGCGCCUUCCACUACCGCGAGGCCCGGUACCGCGCCAACGAGGAGCGCGACUGCAAGCGCUGCGAGAAGUACCGCGACUGGCUCCUCGACUACUCUCCGACCGUGCUCUUCCUCAACGACAAGAUCGCCGGCCUCAACGGCACCCUCGACGCGUCCAACAUCCAGUGUCGCCGGUGCCCCGCCCGUCUGACCGAGGACGGCGAGGUCCACCGCCAGUCGGGCGGCUUCAGCCCCGCCCACGGCAUCAUGAUCUGCGCCAACGAGGUCAGGAACCGGAAGCACCUGGAGGACACGCUCUCGCACGAGAUGGUGCACGCGUGGGAUCACCUGCGGUGGAAGGUGGAUUGGAUGGGGGAUCUGGAUUUGAAGCAUGCGGCGUGUACAGAGAUUCGAGCAUCGAUGCUCAGUGGCGAGUGCAGAUGGACGAGAGAGGCCUUCACGAGAGGCAACUGGAGUCUGUCUCAGCAGUUCCAGGACUGCGUGCGGAAGCGCGCGAUACAGUCCGUCCUCAACCGACCCAGGUGCAAGGACGAUGUGCAGGCGACCAAGGUGGUAAACCAGGUCUGGGAAUCCUGUUUCAACGACACGCGGCCCUUUGAAGAGGUCUACAGGUGA